AUGCUGCUCGGGACGCAAACGCACUGCAGUGGGGUGGCGGCUGCAGCGGCCGCGGCCCUUGUGGCGUCGAAGGCCAGCAUCGGUAGCAGUGGGACAGAUUUUUCAAUCGCCGCCAUCAUGGCACGGGGCGCUGGGAACAGCUCGAGCCGGGAACCGUCCGAACGGAGCAGUAGUCCUCUGUCGGUUGAUCGAUUCCCCGAACCAGAAGACGACGUCGAUGUGGACGUAGAGCAGUGCAGCGACUCUGAGGCCCAGAUGACCUCGAAUCGCACGUCCAGCAAACAUCGUACGUCUCAGUCGCGAUCAGGAGCGAUAUCACCAGCGCGAACUGCAACUGCCAGCCCUUCGGAUGAGGAACGGCUCACGCCAGAACCCGCGCAGACCAAAUCAACUAUCGUCGGAUCGUGCAACUGCGACGACCUGCGGCCCGUUCAGUGCCACCUUGAGACGAAGGAACUCUGGGACAAGUUCCACGAUCUCGGCACCGAGAUGAUCAUCACCAAAACGGGCCGCCGCAUGUUUCCGACCGUACGGGUGUCUUUCUCGGGUCCACUGCGCCAAGCGACUCCUUCCGAUCGGUACGUCGUCCUGCUUGACAUCAUCCCAAUGGACAGCCGGCGCUAUCGGUACGCGUACCACCGUUCGUCCUGGUUGGUGGCCGGAAAAGCCGACCCACCACCACCAGCUCGCCUUUACGCCCACCCAGACACACCAAUCGGUCCCGAAGCUCUCCGCAAGCAGGUCAUAUCGUUCGAGAAAGUCAAGCUCACCAACAACGAGAUGGACAAGAACGGCCAAAUCGUGCUGAAUUCGAUGCAUCGCUAUCAGCCACGUGUUCAUCUCGUUCGCCUGGCACAUGGUCAGAAUAUACCAACCUCACCGAAGGAGCUCCAAGAUGUGGAUCACAAGACGUACGUUUUCUCCGAGACAGUUUUCACGGCGGUGACGGCGUACCAGAACCAGCUGAUAACGAAGCUCAAAAUCGACUCGAACCCGUUUGCCAAAGGCUUCCGAGACUCGUCACGGUUGACCGAUUUCGAUAGUUACUCUGGCAUGGACCCAAUGGAUGCGCUGUUACUCGAGCAGCAUCUUCGUUCACCGAUGCGCCUAUUCCCAGACCCGAUGGCGAUGGCGCAGUUCGCCUCCAGCCAAGAUCCGGACGGUUCCGCCCAGGCAGCAUUGUUCGAGAAGGCUCGCCAACAUCUCCAGAUGUGGGGUCGCUCGCCCUACAGCGAACUGCUGCUCCCACAAAUGUACCAGCGGGCUCCUGCGAAUCUUGGAGCGCUUAAUCUCGGCCUUUGGCAAGCAACUGGUGGUCAGUGGCCACCUCAGAUUCCACCCGGAUUCCUUCAACAAACAGCUUCCCUAGCAGCCGUCGCCGCAGCAGCUUCAGGAGGCCAAGGACCUCACACGCCACCACCGACGGCGGCUGGUUCUACUCCUUCUCCUGGCUCGGGAUCACCAUCACCAAAUGAGAUGAGGGCUAGGCAGCUGGGAAACCGAUUCAGUCCUUAUCAGAUACCUCCGCAGCAUGGACCACAUCCUCCGGGAUCUUCCAGGACACCUCCCAACUAGCGCUCGGUGAUGGUCACGCACACAGUGUAGAUACAAGCGAGCCGGUGUUGUACAUAGUCGAACGUAAGGAAUAGUUUGCUGCAGCAAAAGGGGAAAAAAAAUCAGCUUUGGAGCCGC